UACAAACGUGAAAGGAUGACCUUGCACAGCACGGCACUUGCAAUAAAUUACCUGGGGAGGAACAGAUAAAACAUCGUACUAUGUCGAGGUGAUAUCUGCAAAAGAACACUUUUUCAAAGACUGAGAUGUCGCCUUAUUUAUUACGGAUUUGUCGACUUCUUCCUCCAUCUCUCCGCUGCGGUCCAAACAGAGCGUUCCAAAUAUGUGCAGCAGUUGUGGUUAUUUAUAUCCUAUACAAAAUUUCAGGUAUAUCCCGCGGGGAGGACGAAGUAAAAACACACAUCGCAUCGGCUAGUAGUCAAGAAGGGGGAGGCGCGAUGCACCAUCAACCAGAAGAAACGCAGAAUAAAGGAGUAGAACCAGAUAUCCCACCAGGAAGCACAGAAGAAAUGCUCAGAUACAUUUCCAACAACCUUGAUGUGUACUAUGAAGUGGUGGACAAUACUGGGACCAUAGAUGACAUUGAUAAGGCAAUUCACAAGGUGCAGGUGACACUGACCAAUGAAGGUGAAGCUACCAUAACUGCUACUGGGACGUGGUCCAUUUAUUUUUACAUGGUGUUCAUGCUACAGAAUAAACAGUGGCCAUACCCAGAGGGAUAUGUGAUCAGAGGAUCAGGAUUCAAGUUAUAUCAUGUUGGAGGGCACCUGUUUUGUUUAACACCUUUAACAGAUACUAAGAUCACGCCAGGUGAGAAGGUGGUCAUCAAGCUGGAUUGUCAGGCAUGGUCUGUAGCUAAAACAGAUGUGAUGCCCAACUGGUAUGUGACAGCUGAAGGACAUGAACCACAGAUUAUACAGUGCACAGCUGGGGAGACCCUGGCAUUUGUGGCCCCUUUCAGCAGACCACAGCAAUACAAGCGUUUAAAACAGGACCAGUUUAACCCCUUCACCCCUAGCCAGCGCUACGAGAAGAAUGACAAAAUAAAAUAUAGAAAAGACGGGUUGCUGCUGGUGAUCCCCACCCCUGUAGAGUUGAGGGCAGACAGAAAGAGGCUGAUCAGCUUUAAGUAUCAAGACUGGGUGCUAGCCAUGGAUAAGGAACUAGAUGUUUCAGUCUUUGUUGACAAACUGAAUGAGAUGGGUGUGAAGUUAUCCUCGGGAUCUCCUCCAGCCACUAAAGUGAUCAGGGUUGCCCAGGGAAGUGUCAGCAUCAAACUAGAUGGCAGGGUGGUGGAGAAUCACCCAGAAUCCUACAGCCUCACAGUAAAUGGAAGGCUGUCCAGAAUUGACAUAGUGGCUCCUGCAAGUCCAGGGGCUUUUUAUGCAAUGCAGAGUUUAUUUGCAUUGAUGAAUGAAGAGGGGGCCGUGCCACACAUUGUGAUGAAAGACGCACCUCGCUUUAUACACCGUGGAUUAAUGCUGGAUGUGGCAAGAAAUUUUUUUCCGCCAGAGGAUCUUUAUCCAGUCAUGGAAGUGAUGGCCAUGUUUAAAAUGAACAAACUUCACCUGCACCUGUCUGAUGAUGAAGGCUGGAGAGUUGAAAUUGAGAAACUUCCAGAGCUGACUGAGAUAGGAGGGCGGAGAAGGCAUGACCUGUCUGAGAAGACGGGCAUCCUUCCACAGCUGGGCUCAGGACCACAUGACAUGUCCAGUGGAUCAGGCUAUUACACAGCCUCAGACUACAGAGAUAUACUGAAGUAUGCUACAGAUAGACACAUUGAGAUUAUUCCAGAGAUUGACCUGCCAGGCCAUGCUCAUGCUGCUGUCAGGGCUAUGGAAGCACGCUAUGCAAGAUUGAUGAAGGCAGGAAAGUCCGAAGAAGCAGGAGAGUUUCGCCUGAGGGACCCAGCAGACACAUCCCAAUACAAGUCUGUGCAGAAGUUUACAGAUGGCGUCGUCAACCCCUGCCUGGAGUCAACCUUCCGUUUUGUUGAGGAAGUCAUCAAAGGUCUGAUCAAGCUUCACCAGGAGGUGGCGCCACUGAAGCGUAUUCAUAUUGGUGGAGAUGAGGUGCCAGCUGGGGUGUGGGAGGGGUCGCCCGCCUGCAGCGGGAGACAGAGAAAAGAAAUCCAGGAGGGUUUUGUGAGGAGAGUGGCCAAAAUUGCUGCUGACCUUGACCUUGACAUCACCACCUGGGAUGAUGGCAUGCUUCAUGAAGAAAAGCCAUUUGAGAGGAGCAGCAUACCAAACAAACAGCCACGUGUCAAUGCCUGGAUGAAUCCUUGGGAGUGGGGAGCUGCAGGGAGGGGCUAUGCCAUGGCAAAUGCAGGAUAUGAGGUCAUCAUGACCCAGGCCACCCACCUGUACUUUGACCACGCCUACGAGCCAGACCCAGAGGAACGUGGUUUCUACUGGGCAACUCGCUACACAGACACAGAGCGUGUGUUUGGCUUCAUGCCUGAUGAUCUGUGGGCAAACUUAGAUAAAGAUUUGUGGGGAAACAAAUUGACUUUGGAGAAAUACUGUAAAGAUUUUCAGUGUACCAAACUGGAAAAGCCAGAAAAUAUAGUAGGUAUGGAGGCUUGCCUGUGGUCAGAGACAGUCCGUAUGAACCACCAGAUGGAGAGCAUGCUCUUCCCUCGCGCCAUUGCCCUGGCAGAACGAGCUUGGCACAAAGACUCUUGGGAAUUGGUCACUAAUCCUGAGAGUCGAGAACGAGCCAAGAGAAGAGCCUGGGAGCUGUUUGCUAACACCCUCGGCCAAAAGGAGUUGCCGCGACUGGACAUGAUGCAGGUGUCCUACAGACUGCCUCCUCCUGGAGUCAAGGUGAUGUCAGGCAAACUCUAUGCCAAUUGUGCUUUCCCUGGACUACAGAUUGUUUAUGCAAUAGCAAAAGAUGAAGCUGAAGAAGAGGAAGACAUAGGGAUACAGUGGAUACCUUAUUCAGAACCUGUCUCAAUACAAGGCUUCAUUAAAGUGAAAGUUGCUACCAGAUUUGAGGGUUCUAAGUACACAUCCAGAGUGAUCACAAUGAACAUAGCACCAAGGGACAAGACUUUGCUGUAGAAAAAUGUGGCAAAAUGGUGGAACAAAGACUAAUAGAAAAGAAACCAUGUUUACUUUAGAAGAAAAAGGCAUAGUCAGUCAUGCACAUAGACAUUUUCUGCUUUGUAGGUCUGCUUAACUUGGAUAGUCUGCUGGGUGCUACUGGUAAAACUCUCAACUGAUUCAAGAACAAUCAGCCCACAAUACGUGUAGAUCUCAUAUUACCUAGUCAUCUCUAAAAGAAGAACUCUGAACAGUUAGAAUUUCGUCUAAUCUAUAAUCUAAUAAUCUAAGGCUUAUUUAUUCCCCAAAAAAAUCAUGAUUUAAUCAGACAUGAGCUUUUUCUGCACAAUCACAGAAUUCCGCUUUUUUACAUGACCCUACAGCAAUUAACCCCCCAAAAUUUACAUAAGGUGUUUGGUUCCACAAUAAAUGUUCAGAGUUUUUUUCUAAAACCUGGGCUUGUGCCUGUUCAACAGAAAGCAGUUAGUUGAAAGAGUUAGCUACUAAGUACAUGUAUUUGUGACUUCUGAUCCUUGGUGCCAGUGGACAAGUUACAGCUGCUAUGGCAUUUGAAGGAACAGAUUUAAAAAAACAAAAGUGGUAUUUUUAAAAAGAGUAACAAAAUUUUAUGAUUUUCUGAAAUUCCUUUAAAAAUUCUGAGUAGUUCUGUUUGAUUCAGAUUGUUUUUGUAUGAGUAAGUAUAUUUAUAAGCCAAGAAAUAUUAAAAUUUUUGGAAUAAAUGAGUUGAAAGAAAAAUGAGUGUCAUUACUAAUGGUAAGACUUUGCACAUAAUAUUGUAGAGUUAGAAAGGCUAUCCAGUUAUUUGUAAUGACAAAAUAAUAUUAAAAAUAAUGGGAAAACAGCAUCUUUGUUUUCAGAAUGAUCAUUAUGUUCAGAACUUCAAUAUACGUAAACAGAUGAUCAAAACCUUAUUAAGUUUUAUCAAUUUAAAGAGAUUAAAAUGGUUUCCAUUAUGAACAACAUAUGCACUGUGAUAGAGUUGUUAACAUUCCUACAUUGUUUUAAUAUAAUUCAGUGGGCUCCCUGCUCCUGUUCUCUGCCUCUUCACAAAUACAAGAUUUUUGCUCCAUGUCUCUCCUCCACCCAAACACCAAAUUAUUACAGCUAUUAAAUCUUCUUCCUCUCACCUCUCAAAGGAGCCCUCCUGUUGUAUAAUGCAUGUAUAAUUAGGGUUUAGGGUGAUGGUUGGAAUGGUGGAUUGCCUUACAUGGUCUUGGUAAUUUGAAAACCUAAAUCAGGCACUCACUUAAGGCAUCCUUCUAGUAUCCCAGCAAAAACUCUAUGGGAACCAUCAUCUCAUCAUUUAAGAAUAUCUUUAUAUGUUUUAUCUUUUAAAUUGAUUUCUGAUAUAUUUUGAGUCUCCUGUGUCUUCAAGGUUGUGGUAUUUGUGUCAUACUCUAAUUGCUUGUUAUUCAUCCAUAAAACAGUAAUUACAUGUAUAUAAGCACAAAAAAUGUAGCAAAGGUUUUUUUUUUCGGCGUCUUGUUUUACUAUAUUUAUAUGUUAAUUACUUUUUUAUAGAUGGCAAGCUCAUUUUAAUAGGAUAAUUGAAGGAUAGAUUUGUCUUUUAUUAACUGUAGCUAGUUCAUAGUUACUGCUGGGUUGUAUUUAGUUACCCAUGCAGUAUUAGGGUUAGUUUGGUAUAUAAGUAAGUGACCCAGUAUUACAGGGAACUGAGCUGUAUGAGCUGGUUGAUAGAUAUAUCCAGGUAGUUGAACUGUACUGUUGGAAGAUGAUUUAUGUCAUGUAGCAGAUAACAAAAUGUUUCAUUUUUUAAAUUUGAGUACAUUAAGUAAAGCUUGUACAGUUAUUUGUAUCAACAUGUUACAUGCACUUUACAAUAAUCAUACAAGGUAGUACUGAUAAUCUUUGAAGAACAUCCAUGUAUGUGUUGCCCACCAAGCUCACGGGUAGCUACUGGUAGAUGUACUAGCAGAUGGAGUGGGUACCUUGUAUCUACACCCUUUAAUUUCACAUAUUCAGAAGAAGAUCAAGUGAAAAGUGUUUUAGAAAAAAUGUAAGCUAUUAAGCAGGUAAUAUAAGAAAGUUACUUUUUUGUACACUACAGUGAUAUAAAGGCCUCUGUAAGAGCUCCAGUAUGUCUGCUGUAUGGGGUUGGGUAACAAAUUCCUUUACCCUGUGCUGUCCACUUAGAAGCUACAUUUCUACAAGAGACAUUAUUUUUAUUACUACUGCUGAAUAUUCAAUAAAGAUGAGACUAUGUUUACUGCCCGUAUAUAUGUUAAAUAGUAGUGGUAUGUGAAGAACUUGGAUCUGAACUCAGAGGUAACCUUGACCUUUUUCAAGGUCAGAUUGGGAGAUGAGUCGGCUUUGUGCUGGCAGUUCAUGUUGGUACCACUUCUCACAAAUUGUCUGUUUAAUGUAACAGUACAUUAGUGUUAUGGUUAAUAACUAUAGGUCUUCUUUAACUGUCAUGGCUUUGGGUAUAUUUUGUUUAUUCUCAAAGGAUGACAGCAUUUUUAGGCUUUAAGUGGAAAUGGUUUUAUAUUUAUUUUACUUGUUUGUUUUAAUUAACUUUUAAAACAGUGAGGUUGUGAUUUGUAGUAACUUUUUACUGGGUCCUAGCUUUAAGCCAACUGGCAUAAUUCCACAGCGUGCAAAUACUGGUGCUUUCAAAAGCUGCUUUUCAUGUUCAUUGCCAAUAAGGUUUCUCCUCAAAUGAGCAAAGAUUAUAUUGAGCAAUCAUAGUGCCAUUUUAACCAGUUUGCCAUGAUUGUCCUCACACUGCCCAGUGUGGUAUUAGUCCAGUGACAUGGCAAACACGGCUGUUUGUAUCUGCUAGUAGGGGGUUGACAUGCUGCUCUGUAGUUGACUAAGGUGUAUCUGCCAAUGGAAACUUUAUUUCAUUGACUUGUUUAUUGAUGUUUAAGUAUGGCUGUUAAUUUCCAGGGUCAUUGUAGAAAUAGAAAGGUGCAGGUGUGUAUGUAUGUGUGUGUGUAUGUAUGUGUGUGUAUGUAUAUGU